AUGAAUCCAUACUUUGAAAUUGCAUCACUAUUCUUGCCUGCUAAAUUCAACAAGUACAUCUCAAUAACAAAGUCAGCAUAUGAAAUUUAUAACAUUGCUGCUUCUAAAUUCAGACCUGAAUUUGCAUCGGUGAAGAAUGCUGAAAAUUAUUAAACGAAUGAUCCUAUAUUAUACUCUCAGUUAUUUUAGGGGUCAUUUAAUCUAGAAACUAUUAAAAGAAAGUCAAUAUCAUUAAUUCACACCUGUUUAAAGGAUAUUUAAGAUUUCUUGUCUAAUUAUCAUUUCAAUUAAUAAUUAAGCAUAAUUAAGAUAUGCAAGGAAUUCUAUUCUGAAACUGUUGAAUGUUGCAUCAUAAACUUAAAAAUGAUUUCAAAAGACCCAGCUAAUUACCUAUAAAAUGAAGACAGAAAAUAAUUCAAUGAAGAACAAUUGAAUUAAUCUAUUGAUGAACUCUCAUUGCUAUUUAUUGAGUACAUUAAGGGUUAAUUCCAUUAGGAAAGCAUUAUUGAAGAGUUUUGUGAGAACUUUCAGGAGAUUUCCACAUCAGUCUAUGAAUCCAUAAUAUAAGCUGCAAAAAAACAAAACAAAGAGAUUUAUAAUAAGUUAAUCAAUUCAAUAAAAUAAUUUUACAAAAAUGAAUUAAAUAAUUUAAUAUUAGAUGAAACUUGUACAAUAAUAAAAGAAAACAAAAUACCUUUAUUUUAAGUUAGGAAUCUAAUAUGUAACUUUUUUGUACAAAACCAUAAAUAUUUACAUGAUGAAUUACAAAAUUUCUAUAAUUUUUAAUUGUCCAAUGUUGUAAUAUCAAGGUAUGCAUCAAAAAUAAUUGAUCAUUAACUAUUCAAAGUGAGAUCAUCUCUUCAAAUCUUCUUGAGACAUGAGAAGGUAUAUGAGGAAUUGUAAUUGAAAUCUUGGUAGCUAUUCUCUUAAUAUUUUUAGAAAAAGGAGUUCCUUUUAAUUAAGGAGAAAGAAUUUGCUUCUUAAUUAUUUUACCUAUUGUUGUAAGUUGAUUUGGAAUAAUAGGAAAUCUUGAACAUUUUGGCUCUACUAUCUUAAUAUACUGAAAUUACAAAAAUAGAUUGUUCGUAAGAUGUAAAAUAAACUUUAAUUAAAUUAAGAAAUAUAUACAGGAACGAAAUAGAAUAGGCUAAUCAAUUUUGGAAAAAUUCGAUAACUGAAUAGUAAAAUCUAUAGUUAAUUUUUGAUUUAUUCAUUCUCUUAAAUGGUACUCAUUUUGUGAAUGAUUAAUUAUUGAUUUCUUAAUAUCAGGCAGCCAAAAAAAUUAUUUUGAUGAAUAUAAUCAAUUUAAUGAAAGAAGCAUGUUAUGGGUAUUUUAACUGUCGCUUAAUUAAUAAUUUCGAGAGCACAGUCGGAGAUAUUAUUAAUUAAAUAAGUAAGUAACUUGAAAAGUAGAAAUAAGAAAUUAAGAUAUAGGUAGAAAUUUAAGAUCAACACUUUCCCAUUUAACUUUAUGACAAAUUAGAUCAAUCAUAAUAAUUUAGUUAGGAAGCAUUUUAUAAAAGAAAUGAGAUAUAUCAUUUGACAAAUGCUUCGUAAAUGGAGAAUUAGAUAAACCAAAUAAAGAUAUUAUUGAGUUAGAUAUAAAAAGAUUAUUUAGCAAGUAUCAACAUCCCAGAGAGAAUGUAUUUUGAAAAACGAACUCCUGAGUUGGUGCAAUCAUCUGUAAUCACUCUAUUCAUUUCAGGGUUUACAGAUAUAGAGGCAUAGAACAGUAUAUUAGAAGGAUUAAGAGAUUACAAUCUUAUAGUUUUGAAUUGGAAUAAUCCAAAAGAAGAAAAUACUGUAAAAGAGAAACUAGUAGAGGCUGUUAAGUAAAUUAUCUUAAAAUCUCCAUUGGAAGCAGUUGUAAAUGGAUUUAAGGCUUUGACAAGCGCCCCGUUUGAAUAAACUUAGGAAGAAGCAAAACGUGUUGGGAGAUACUUGGCUCAUCUAUUAAUUAGUAAAAAGAUAUUUGGAGAUUAUUAAAUUAACAUUAUUGCUCAUUCAGUAGGUUCAACAGUGAUGUAUGAAAUGAUGAAAGAACUUGAUAAUCUAUCUAAUACUUCACAUGCUAUUAAUGAAAUAUUGAUAUUAGGGGGAAUAGUGGACACUAGAAAACUUCAAAAACGGAGAUGGAAUUGUGUUUAAGGUAGGAUAUGCAAUGUGUAUAGUAAAAAUGACAUGAUUAGUUUUGUGGUAAGUUUUUAGAAUUAUCUAGGAUUAAAUGAGGUGAAAAAAGGGUACAGAAGAAUAGAGAAUUAUAAUUUGAGUAAUUUGAUUCAGAAGCAUAAUGAUUAUGGAGCUAACAUAUAGAAAAUUUUAGUUCAAACAGAUUUUCAAUAAUAUCUAAGAUUUUUGUAUGAAUGA